ACUGUACAAAAAAGACAAGGACAAAGAUACACUGCUCAACUGACAUUUGAAAAAUUGCAAUUUGAGUUUAGUGUUUACCUAUUUUGGCAAUACACACUCACACAUUUUUCUAAUUUCAAUAAAAAGUUGAUCAAAAAUGUCGAAAGUGGACUUAGAAUUGAAAAAAGCCUUUGUAGAAUUGCAAGAGAAAAAACUGGCGACCGAACAAAACCUGAGGAUAUCGAAGGUACAAAUUGAAAACCUGAAAAGGUCUCAGCAACGUGCAGUAAUAACUGGAAGAGAAAUCUCAACCUUAAAAGACACAAUCAAUACAUACGAAUCAGUAGGCAGGAUGUUUGUGCUAACACCCAAACCUAUAGUGGAAGAAAAAAUCAAAAAAAUAAAAUCUGAGGCCGACGAGAAAAUCAAAACCCUAGAAACUCAAAUGACUUACUGGGAAAACUCCCUUAAAGAAGCCACUGAUGUUUUAAGGGAACUUGUACAGUCAAAAAAAUAAUUUAUAUGUGUAAUUUUUAAUUAAUAAAAAACUUAAUUAUUAGCUAUAGCGGUUUCAAAAAGUAAUGGUUCCAGCUCAGGUUCUUUGUCAACGUUUUGGGGUUUAUGCAUUAGCUUGAAAAUUCCUGUGCCAAUUGGUGCUGGCAUGCCCAUUAUAAUGUUUUCCGAAACUCCACUAAUUUUGUCAGUUUGUCCAUAGUAGGCGGCAUCAAAUAGAUGAUCUGCGGUUUUCUCAAACUUAAAGAGAAUUUGAGUAAAAAUUUAUUUGCACUAAUUUUUGUUGGGUCUUGCCUAGGCUUAACCCUUGUGAGAUCACGCAACCCUGUCUCUAAACAUUCAUUUUAAUCUCAAAUCUUACCCUCUUUGUCUAUGUCGUUUAGUAGGGCUGAUGUGUGUGCACUGUAAUUAUCAUAGGGUCAUAUUCAGCGCGGAGUUGGAGUGGAGUGAACAGAGCUAAUGGAGUCACCCCUAAUAUGGUAAAAAGCAAUAACCGAACGGCUGGAGUCACUCGGAGUGAGCAAGCCGAACCCACCUCAUGUAACUAAUAGGUAAACUUCCCACAAAUAUUGAGUCAACUCCUCAAUGAGGUCAAAAGUCAAGACCCCCAAAAGUAUUCGUUUUUUAACCUUCAGGGGAAAAACAUUUCUAGAUUUUAGGAUCUGUGCCCUCGUGAGAAGUGUUUCGUCUCUGAUAAUAGCCUAGUUUUAAUAGCAUAGCAGUAGAGUACUCAUACUACUACUGUAAAUAAGUAAAAAGAGUAGAGUACUUAAAGGUACACCUAUAAAAGUUUUUUUAAGGCAACUCUGCUCCUAGGGCACAUACCGCUAUCUUGGAGGGAAGCUAAUGUGAGCAUUACAAGAAUGGGAUGCCGAAGUCCAUAUAGAGGUCACCAGUAAUUCAAGAAUUAUUGGAUAAGGAAAUCGACGUGAUGUUACGGUUGGAUGUUAUCGAGCCUUCAAGUAGUCCUUGGGCAUCUCCGGUUGUCAUGGUGAGAAAGAAAAAUUGAGGUUUUAUGUGGAUUAUCGGAAGCUCAAUGCGCGUGACAAUUAUCUCCUCCCGAUAGUCUCAGAAACUUAAGGAUACCAAAUAUCUUAGCAGCCUAGAUAUUAAAAGGUUGAGGAAGCCUCGAAAUCCCUGACUGCUUUCAGCUGUCAUCGAGCUUGAGUUUUGCCGUAUGCCAUUCGGACUUCAUAAUGCACCAGGCACACAGUAUUUGUUUAUUCGGAUGAUAUGGUGAUAGUUUCACACACAUUUACAUACCAUUUGAAAAUUUUAGAAGAGGUAUUCAAACGACUAGGAGAAACUGGUAUAACAUCAGUCAGCUGGAAAAAAUGUCAGUUCUGCUGGCCAAAGAUGAAAUAUUUGGGUCGACAGCGUGAAUUAAGA